AUGGUGGUCGUUUCGAUAAGCAAGCUAGUCGCUUUUUUGGCAAUUUCCCUCUCAAUCAAUGUUAGCGUGGUCGCUGCAGAUGUAAUUGGCGAAGAAAGCGGUCCCUUUGCUUCACUGCGUGAACAAUAUGCUGCCCUUUCGCCAAAGGGACAGUUUGUGACUGGAGCAUGCGUAGGCUUUGUCGGCACUAGGAUUGCACUUACCUCCGCCAUGGGAGCUGUCAAAAUCGCAGGGGCUGUCUUCGUAACCGCCGAAGUUUUGCAUUACACCGGGAUCCUUGACGAUUUGCCUCCUUUUUCGAAUGAACAGACAGCUUUAUUCAGCAACCUCAAGAAUAAGGCGCUACGACACACCGAAAACUUGCGCGUCCAGAUCCGGCGACAGCUCAACCCCAACAGUGUACAAACUUUUGUCGACCGUGAGCGGAUGGGGGCUCUGGGAAUGGCAGGAGGGGCGGUAGUCGGUUUUUUGUUUUAGGUUUCGUAAUAUGGGCUUCACAGAUAACUAUUACUUUGCGCGAUGAAAAGAUUUGAGAAGGGAGUCUCACUUACAAAAAACAGUAUCAAUGAAUCUAUUGGCAAAGCAUUACUAUCUCGUUAACUUUUGACAGUGAGUUUAUAUUUC